GAAAUCGAAAAGAUACCGCAAGACCAAAUCGAAGACAAAACAAAAAAUGACAGUCGAGCCAGUUUUGCUGACUCAACCGCUGAAGUGCAAGUUUUGCUCGGAGACUUUUAAUACCAACGUGGAUUUUGCUCUGCAUUCAGUCGAACAUAGCGUUGAGAGGGUGUACUCGUGUCAUCUUUGCGAAUACUCUCUUAAGUCAAAGUACAGAUUCGAAAAACACGUACGAGCUCACGAAGGUACAAACUUGUACAAAUGCGAAAUUUGCAGUAAACCUUUCAAAAUCGGCACGCACGCUAUAGAGCACGUCUACUUUCACAGGGGCGAAAAACCUUUUCAGUGCGAGAUAUGCGGCAAACAUUUCAUGUAUUCCAGGCUGCUCAGCUCACACAGAAGGUUGACACACUACGAGCUGCUUACAGGUAAACCUCUGGUUAAGUUUGACUGCAAAGUCUGCGGGAAGCACUAUGAGUCAUACCCUGGUCUUGCACGUCACAUGUACAGCAAACACAACGAUAAGGGAAUCGAUAAAUCGGUCAUGUGCGACGUCUGCGGAAAGAAAAUCAAGAACAAGGACAAACUUAAGUUUCAUUUAAGGACUCAUACCGGAGAUAGGCCUUUUCCUUGUACACUCUGCGACCGAAAAUUCUCCAAAAAGGACCUGCUCAGAGCGCACAUGCCAGUCCAUACAGGAGCCAAGCCGUUUGCAUGUAAAGUUUGCGGCAAAGCGUUUGCACACCGCGCCCCCUUGUGGUACCACAGGAAAACACACACUGGGGAAAAGCCGAACGUAUGUCCUUUGUGCGGGAAGGGAUUCAUUUCCAAACCGGCUAUGGACAAUCACGUUAAGACGUGCUACAAAGUUUGACCAACGGUUCGUUAUCUAGAAAUGAAAGGAGUCUUUGUGAUAUUUGUAAUUUUUGAAAUUAUUUAUAUUUUUAUAGUGGAGAUGAUUUUUGAAUUUGACAUUAGUUAAUGACGUACGUUUAUUGUAUGAAUAUUUUUAGCUCAUUUGCCUAAGGAAGCAUGUUUUUUCUUUCAAGUUCUUUCAAUUGUAUUUAUUCGUUUUCCAUGAUUAUAGAAAAUGCGUCUAACAGAGUUCAGUGCUCUAGCAUUCUUG